GUCUGGUUACAUUUGCGAUUCAUGGAAGAUUUUGAUAUCGAAACAAAAAUCAAUUUAUUCGCUUGUAAAACUAAAUAUCAACAAUCUGCGUAGAAAUCUGGACUAAUCUGAAGUUUGUUCAUCUAAAUAACAAAACAUUCUGAACUGUGUCACGGUGUUAAUAUUAAACGAGACUAGAUGUCUAAUCUCGAUGUUCAAUGAAGUCGGACAUAAUAGUGAUUACUUUGUUGUAGGCAUUCGAAUUCAUUCGAAGUCAUAUGUUUCUUUAGUGGUAAUUCUCCAUACGGGAUUCCAAAAUGUUAUCGUCGGCGUUCCAUCACAGAUUUAAAAGAUAUUAUGGUGCAAGGGACAAUGUGUGUUUCUAUUUUUGACAAGAAGUAGUGAACUCAUAUGCAGUGAUUGUUAUUUGUCAGCGUUUUGCAUAAGCAUCUCAAUCAUGGCGGUGAAGAAGCAUGAACUGGUUCAGGACAAUCGCCAGCUGGAUCUGAAUUCUCUUAUACAGUAUAUCAAGUUAAUGAACGAGCAGCCACAUUAUCUGCCACCUCCGUCUGAGCUUGUUAGGAAUUGCCAAGAUAUUGUGAAAUGUCUGUCUCGCACAACGGGCACCGACGAGCAGCUGUGGGAGCUGCUGCAGUCGAUCGAGGAGUUCCUGCACCGCGUGGUGAGCUCCGUGCACACCGGCGUGCGCAACGAGCUCAUCACCGCAGUCCUCGACAGGUUCCAUUCCUUCAUCUUCGACCCACAGUCGGACGCAUGUCCAGCGACGUCGAUCGUGCUGGUGGUGCUGGACGGGCUGAACCACGAGGAGACGCUGUCGGCGGCGCGCUGGCUGGUGCAGCAGGCGGACCACUCGCCCGAGGCGGCGGGCCUGCGCGCCUCGCUCUCCUGCCUCUACCGCUGGGUGUACGAGUGGCACGGCACGCCCACGCUCGGCGAGUGGGUCAUGGCUUACAUCAAGGCUCUAGAGGAAAAUGAGCAUUUUGAUCUCUUGGUGGAGGUGUCGGUGGACAAUGUCGGGCAUUUGUUCCUGGCCAUGGGUAACCCGGUGGCUCUCCGCCAGUCCGUCGCUGACGUCAUAUUCCACAUCAUGGCUUCGCUGCGAGAAUCUGCUGAAGCUCUAGACAGAAUCUCUCCACACGCCGGCACCGUACUGGUGAACCUAGCGGCCGACAGUGGCCAGUGGAGUCGCCAGAUCCUUCAGGACGUGGUGGACAUCCUUACUGCGAUGGUCGACGGGCGUUUGGAUCUGCUCAAGGGGGAGGCGCAGGAUACUUUCAAAGAGAAACACGCCGAUUUGAUGUCGUGCCUGGAGCGGCAUAUGGCGUCCCGCGACUGCCGGUUCCUGCAGCGGCCGCCGUGGCGCGCGCGCGACGUGUGUCUCUCGACCGUCAACUCGCACCCGCCCAUGCGCAAGGUCGGCCUGCUCAACCUCGGCAACACCUGCUACAUGAACAGCGUCAUGCAAGCCCUCCUCGUCACUAGGCCAUUCAGUACCCACACAGUUUUGAAGAUGAACGCAGUGCCAUACUGGUCAAAGAUGGGAAUGCUGUUCGCCAAAAUGAUGCAUUCGAUCACCACCAAACUGAACCCGGAUGAGUUCUUCUCAGUGGUCAAGCCACCUUUCUUUACUAAGGACAAUCAGCAUGACAGCUCGGAGUUUCUAGGGUACUUAUUCGAGUUGCUGCAGUCCCACGAGCACGGGUCAGACCGCAACUUCGAUUACACGAAGCCCCCUAUCAUCGUCGGCCGCAGGGCCCUACCACACAGCCCUCACUCACCGCCGCACUCCAGCGACGGCGAACAUUCGGAACCGGGCCCGAACCGGCGGUCCGUGUCGCCGCGGCCCGGGAGCAGCGCUGCCGGUCAGUUUAUCGACUACGUAGACAUAGACACUGACUUAGACAUGUUUUAUUUGGCACAAAAAGGUUCCAGCUCAGGUCUCAAACGGCACGGCGACCUCGAAAUGCACUUACCGCUCAAAAAGCGCCUGCGGAUGACCGAGUCGGCGUUCCUGCGGCGGGACUCGUUCAUCGACAGCAUGUUCGGCGGCGUGCUGCUCACGCGUGUCGAGUGCACCGAGUGCCACUCGUCCUCGCUGUCCCGCGACGUGUUCCGGGACCUGCAGCUCGCGUUCCCGGAGAAGCUGGAGGGGACACAGCACAGCGUGCAGAGCCUGCUGGAGUUCUACUGCUCCAAGGAGCGGCUGUCCGGCGACAAUAGAUACGAGUGCCGCGACUGUGGUGGACUGCGCGACGCCGAGAGGAGCGUGCUCAUUGAAACUACGCCAAAGUUUCUUAUUCUGGUGCUGAAGAAUUUCAAAUUUGAGCCAAAAUUGCAAGUUCAAACCAAAUUGAUGCUGUCGAUUCACCACAACCACACGGUGACGCUGCCGACGGUGCGGUCGCAGGCCGACCACUCGGCGUACAUCCUGUACGCGGCCGUCAUCCACGCCGGCACCACGCUCGACUCGGGCCACUACUACACGCUGGCGAAGGACAACGGCCAGUGGCACAUGUACAACGACGACGUGGUGUCGGCCGCCGAGGAGGGCCAGCUGAGCGGCCUCAACCGCUCCAGCACGCCCUACAUCCUCUUCUACCGGCGCACCGACAUCGACGAGGGCACCGCGCCCGCGCUCGAGGAGAUGCCGCCCAAGGUGCAGGAGUGCGUCAUGGCCCACAACAAGCACUACGUAGACACUGUUCGCAAGAUGCGUCUCACGAGGCCAUGACGACUCCGCUCCGACAAGUACAUUGAUUUCACUGUACUGGACUACGUCGAUCCCGACCAAUAAAGGACACAUUGGUUCAUAUCAAACAGUGACAUAAUAACGCGCCAAGGAAACGUGACUAUGUUUAGUUUACUACAGACUUAUAACCUAUCUUUAUUUGGUUUUUUUAUUAGCCAUGACGCAUAAAACAUCAAGUGAAGUGAAUUAACGUUAAGAUUUUGAGACUAUAAAAUCUAAGUAUAUUUUAUUCGUCAUGCACAUCUGUUUUGUGAUAUAGUUGUUGAUCUGGAUUGGAGAUGUGAGUGAGAUAUUUUGCUAUAGAAGCUAAUAUAUUAAUUAUAUUAUAAUAUGUAGUAACAUCAAUAUUUCAGACCCAUUACAAGAUAGUAGUGUACACUGUACAUGGACUUAGUAUAAAAUGUAUACCCGAAUUGUAUACCCCUAUCAAGAGACAAACCCACCUAGUGCGCUUAACGUUAUGCCGUUUUCGAGGACGUUCUCCGCUUUCUUUGUUGAAACAGCAGAGUAGGUACAUUCUCGAGAAAUUUACAACUAUAAGUAUGCUAUUGUUUACUACUGACAAGCUUACGUGAAACUUAGAUGUUGUCGCUGAUAUCUGAAUGUUCGCCUAGUUGCACCAACCACAUUUAACACACUGACGUACGUCAAACAUAAUGUCAUACAGUUUAGCCAACACGGUUUGGAACAUCCGACCCUAAAGGUUCAGCCGCACCAAGCCCACUGUCACAAGUAUAUACAGACAACUUUCGUUAAAUAUUGUGGUACGAGAAUAGUUAUUUACUAUACAUCUGUUCGCUAAGUGUGCUACUUGCAACUGACUUUUGUAAAAUUAAACGUUUACUUUCGUUAGUAGUAGACUGUUUGCCAGGUUAGCUGUAGCAUCUAGAAUCACUAUAUCAAUAUUAGAAUGUUCACAAGUCGGAACGGCUGCUGUAAAAACCGCUGAAAAUCAAAUAGAUAUAAUUCAUCCGCUUUUAGUAUCAAAGCGAGUUCCUAACACAGUACACCUAUAAGUACAACUUUAAAAAUUAUAGUAUAAUAACUCUCGAGUUCAAAAUGUUUGCAGUUCUAAGUAAACAGUACCCAUGAUACCUUAUUAUUUGUCUGAUUGGUACGUGAUAUUAAAGGUAAUAGUGAACUUUUCAACACAAUUGAGAGGAACCAACAAACGUGUGAUCGGAUGUUUAUAAGUCACUGGUCGAAGUAUGUACAAUCAUUUUCUAUUCUAUAAAGCCGGAAAGUGGUAACUUUUUUUAGCGUCAUGCUGGAAUCGACGCGUUCCUAGCAAAGAACAUAAAGUCAUGUAUAGUUUGUGUAGGACCAAGCUAAUGUAAAUUAUCGAUGAAGUCUAAUGAGACAAAUCUUGGUACGACUGCGUACUGACGAUAAGUUUUUUUACCAGCCUAUAAUGGUGUCCCACAGCAGGGCAAAAACCCUUUGGCCUCCAGGGCUCUUGGUUUAGUGCCUCUUCCAGCCAGUAGGUGGGGAAGGUAUUUAGAUCAUCCCGCCCUUUCCGUCGGUGCAUAGUUAGGGUGGUAUUUCGUCGGUAUGUGUGUUUUUACGGCUUACACAUUACUUGAGGAAAAAGUGAGACAGACUGUACAUAGGACAAAGAUCAAAGAUAGAUACUUUUGUGGGUUACCCCUACGAUCAAGAGUGUUGAAAUAUUUAUGGCAAUAAACACAUGACAUAAACCUCAACAUUAUUUCAUGUUUCAAGUCAGGAGGCAUAGUCAUGAUGAAAACAUUAAAUGAAACGCCAAGUUAUACCAUAGAGAAAAAAUAAAUGAGUAUAAUGCUCACUCCAUGCAUGACCAAAAAUAUUUUUUGCUGUCGACAUCUAGCGUCAAAAUAGCAGAUUUUCGGGUUAAUUUAUAAUGUGGAUGCGAGUAUUACGCCGAGUGUUGCUACUCUGUUUGGACCUACCCAAUUCUAUUUAAGGUUGUGAAAUUGCAAUUGUUAUUACAAGAAAUCUGUGUUGUGGGUGAUAUGGAGGUUUAUCUUUAAGGGAAAACUGUUUGCAACGGCAGUCGCCGGUGCGCUAACACUGCCUUAUUCUACUAUUCAUACAAAACAUUCUGUAUCUUGUAGUCAGUCAUAUAAGUUAAAUUGACAGCGAUAUUGAAAGCUCUGUCGCAGCAGCAGUCAGCUGUUAUUUUAAAUGUCAAUCUUGUAUUAUGUUCUGAUGUUUACUGAACCUGUACGGUAACGGGGCUAUUAAAAUCGCUGUAAAGUUCGCUUGGUAUGACUAGCCAGAUGUUUGAUAAUAUUCAUAACGUUGUUAACGCAAGAGCUAGGCUUUCUGCGCAAAUAAACAAACGUAAAGAUUUCCAUGUAAACAGUGAAAACUGAGGUGACUUGAUUUUUUGUAUAAGUUAUAUACUAUGUGUUCAAAUAUUUUUAUUGAAAUGUCGAAGGUUAUUGAUUAUAAAAAUGCUAUGUUGAAAAUAUAUUAUCAAACUAUUGCUAUUCGGUGUUAAACCAUCCGUAAGAAUGGUUUAAUAUCUGAGUAUGCGUACGGCAAAGACUAGAUCAUGCAGCAAAUACUGUGAUUUACUGAUAUUUAUUUAUUUCGCAACUAUGUAUAAUUAUUUUGUGCUAUUUUUCGACUUUCUUUUAGACUUGUCUUUAUAAAGUGGCAGUUCCUUGUCCACUCGUUUCCUUAAUUGCAUAUCAUUCACGCCAAGAAGUUGUGUCAGCUUGAGAUAUAAAUUAUAUCACAAAAACGCUUUUAACAUACUUACUCGGGUCUCGUAAUGUAGCAGCGAAAAAUGCAUCAGUACAAUAAUUUAUUUUAAAUUUAUUGCCAGUUGCAUCAACCGUCUAUGGAAAUUCCCAUACAAACAAU